GGACGCAGCGAGCCGGCGCCGGUGGGCCUUUCGGCCGGGAAGCAGAGUAGGCGGGCGAGGUUGAUGCCCGGCGGCGGGGUGAGCGCGGCGUCUGGCCGGCUUCUCCCCUCGGCGGAUCAGAGAGGGGCGCGGGAGGCGGCGGCGGCGGCGACGUUCCGGAGCGGCCCGGCAGGCUCGAGCGGAGGCCGAGGCGGAGCAGGUGGCUCCAGGCCAGGGAGUGGAGGCCCCGGGGGCCCCGCGGGCAGGAUGAGCCUGACCCCGAAGGAACUCUCGAGCCUGCUGAGCAUCAUCUCCGAGGAGGCGGGCGGCGGCAGCACCUUCGAGGGCCUGUCCACCGCCUUCCAUCACUACUUCAGCAAGGCCGACCACUUCCGCCUGGGCUCGGUGCUGGUGAUGCUGCUGCAGCAGCCGGACCUGCUGCCCAGCGCGGCGCAGCGCCUCACGGCGCUCUACCUUCUCUGGGAGAUGUACCGCACCGAGCCACUUGCUGCCAACCCGUUCGCCGCCAGCUUCGCGCACCUGCUCAACCCUGCGCCGCCCGCCCGCGGCGGACAGGAGCCCGACCGGCCCCCGCUCUCAGGGUUUUUGCCUCCUAUAACUCCACCAGAAAAGUUUUUUCUUUCCCAGCUGAUGCUGGCACCCCCGAGGGAACUCUUCAAAAAGACACCUCGCCAAAUUGCGCUCAUGGAUGUUGGCAACAUGGGACAGUCUGUGGACAUCAGCGGCCUUCAGUUAGCUUUGGCAGAGCGUCAGUCUGAACUGCCAACCCAGAGCAAAGCGAGUUUCCCAAGUAUCCUUAGUGACCCCGACCCGGACUCCUCUAACUCUGGAUUUGACAGCUCCGUUGCCUCUCGGAUAACAGAGUCUUUGGUCAGUGGGCCAAAACCACCUAUUGAAAGCCAUUUCCGGCCAGAGUUCAUCCGCCCGCCGCCACCUCUCCACAUUUGUGAGGAUGAACUGGCCUGGCUAAAUCCUACAGAGCCUGAGCAUGCUAUUCAGUGGGAUAAAUCAAUGUGUGUGAAGAACAGCACUGGUGUGGAGAUCAAGCGGAUCAUGGCCAAGGCCUUCAAAAGCCCUUUGUCUUCUCCCCAGCAAACACAGCUCCUCGGUGAAUUGGAAAAAGACCCCAAACUUGUUUAUCACAUUGGCCUUACUCCAGCAAAGCUUCCCGACCUAGUGGAAAACAACCCUUUAGUGGCUAUAGAAAUGCUGCUGAAACUAAUGCAGUCCAGCCAGAUCACGGAGUAUUUCUCUGUCCUGGUCAAUAUGGAUAUGUCCUUACAUUCAAUGGAAGUUGUAAACCGACUAACUACAGCUGUUGAUCUACCUCCUGAAUUUAUUCAUCUCUACAUAUCAAAUUGCAUCUCUACCUGUGAACAAAUUAAGGAUAAAUACAUGCAGAAUCGUUUGGUGCGCCUCGUAUGUGUGUUCCUCCAGUCUUUGAUCCGUAACAAAAUUAUUAACGUGCAGGACUUGUUUAUAGAAGUGCAGGCCUUCUGUAUUGAGUUCAGUAGGAUACGGGAAGCUGCAGGCCUAUUCCGGUUGCUAAAGACACUGGAUACUGGGGAAACACCUUCAGAGACCAAAAUAACAAAAUAGCACCAACAGCCCUGCCCUCUGCUGCUCAACUGUAUUUGGAUUGGUUUUUUAAAACUGUUGUAACAUU